AUGUCUCGAACACGCCAGCCAAUAUCCUCAAAUCAAUUCCAAACAACCACAGAAACCUCAGACUCCUCAACAUCCCACAUCCCCACAACCCUCAGAUUACGAGCAGAGGAAGCACCAACUGACACCAGCGAAGAAACCUCAUCUUCCCGACGAAUCAGAUGGAGUGACGAUGUCGUAGACAAUGAAGGAAUGGGCAGGAAGAGCUCAAAAGUAUGCUGCAUCUACCACAAAGCCCGACCAGUAGGUGAAAGCAGCUCAGAAGAGUCCUCCUCCAGCUCUUCAGACAGCGACACGGACUCCGAAGACGACCGUCGCACUGCGCGAGUCAACCGCGCUCGCCACCCACACUCACAUGGAGAACACGACGAGCACACGUCCCACCCUUGUUCCUCGGAUCACGGCUCUAAGCCCAAGACCAGACGCAGGAAGCCAAGUCCGAAUGCGUACGAGAAGAUGCCUAAGCCGUCGAAGAAUCAGAGUCAGAGCCAGAAUCAGAAUCAGAAUCUUCCGCGGGGUACUUGA